AUGGUUGCCAGCACACAGCCAAAUGGCAUAACUGGCGGCGGACGUCGACGAAGCUCUAAUGUAUUCUCUCAGUUCGAACACAAGCGGAUAAUCAGUGUGACACAUAUGAUACCGUAUGUGGCGUGUAUACAAACAAAAGAGUCUCAAACUGACCAACAGUCCCAGUCCCAAAAACAUCAAACUGAUGAUGCAAUAGUUUGGAACUUGAAACCACGACGCGGUCAUUCAGCCCUCUAUGCCGGUAUACGGUCGUUAAGCGCGGAAUGCGAAAACUUCUUGGUCGGAUUCGCUGGGGAAAUUUACUAUGACGAAGAAGAGAACGGAAACCUACUUGACCAAACACAGUUCACUGAUCAGCAUAAGAAAAGUUUGCAAACGUUGUUGGCUAAGGAGAAAGUCAUUCCCGUAUUUUUGGACGAUGAGGAACAUCACGGUCAUUAUGAAGGGUAUUGCAAAACUGUUUUAUGGCCGCUGUUUCACUACAUGUUAUGGGAUGUGGUCACUGAUGGUCGAGAAGAGCGCAAAAAUUGGGAUCAAUAUGUAAAAGUGAAUUCGCGAUUCGUUGACAAAAUCGUUGAGAUUUAUCAACCGGGAGAUAUAGUAUGGAUCCAUGACUACCAUCUAUUGCUAGUCCCCGAAAUGCUUCGCCAACGAAUUCCUGACGCACCAAUUGGUUUGUUCAUUCACGCGCCAUUUCCUAGUUCUGAAAUCUUUAGAUGUUUGCCAAAACGAAAGGAAAUUCUACAUGGCAUGUUGGGUGCGAAUCAAAUUGGGUUUCAGACAUAUUCAUAUGCUAGCCACUUCACCAGUAGCUGCACGCGUGUCCUAGGCUACGAAACAACACCCAAAGGCGUUGAUACGCCUAAUCUUGUGGUCUCGCUCGGCACAUUCCCGAUUGGCAUUGAUGCCGAGAAAACCGAAGAGCAACGAAAAGAUCCAGGCGUAGCAGUAAAAAUGGCUUCCAUCAAAGAAAUGUACGCUGGCAAAAAAAUUAUUGUAGGACGUGAUAAACUUGACUUGGUGAAAGGUGUCAUGCAGAAACUGCAAGCUUUUGAAAAAUUUUUAUGUGAUUAUCCACAAUGGAAAAACAAGGUAGUCUUAAUUCAAGUUACCUCACCAGCACUCACCGAAUCUCCAAAACUCGAACGGAAAGUCUCUGAACUAGUUGCGCACAUAAACGGCACCUAUGGAACACUGGAGUUCAACCCGGUACACCACUACCACAAUCAGAAUGUUGAUCAAGACGAGUACUUUGCGUUGUUGAGCGUGGCGGAUAUCGGAUUGAUUACGUCGGUACGUGACGGGAUGAACACUACGUCGUUGGAAUAUAUUAUGUGUCAGCAGGAGAAUCAUGGACCAUUGAUUUUGAGCGAGUUUACCGGGAUGGCGGGGUCGCUUAGUUCGGCGAUCAUGGUCAAUCCAUGGGAUUAUGCGGGCGUUGCGAAGGCAAUAAAUGAGGCGUUGGAGAUGUCAAGAGAGGAGAAAUUGGUUAAACAUUUGCAACUCUAUCAUCAUGUAACAGUACACACAGCACAAUAUUGGGCAAAAUCCUUCAUCAAAGAACUCCGCGCAAACCUCGUAAACCAAGUCCAAUCGUUCACGACGCCAUAUCUAAAAAUAGAUUUCUUAUUAAAUCAAUACAAGAGGUCGAAACAGCGAUUAAUAAUGCUUGACUAUGAUGGUACACUUACUCCAAUAGUAAGGACACCAAAUGCAGCAGUUCCCUCACCUCAAGUGAUUGAGGUGUUGAAGACGCUUUCUUCGAAUCCUUGUAAUAAUGUGUGGGUGAUUUCUGGUCGUGAUCAGAAUGAUUUAGAUCAAUGGCUUGGUGAUAUACCCAAACUUGGAUUAAGCGCGGAACAUGGUAGCUUCCUAAAAUACCCGGACACCGGCAAAUGGAUAAAUCUCACCGAAGAUAUCGACAUGAACUGGAAAAACGAUGUGAGUGAGGUCUUUAGGUAUUACAGUGAGCGGACACAGGGCUCGUUUAUCGAGUAUAAACAGUGUUCGAUAACGUGGCAUUAUCGAUUGGCUGAUCCUGUCUAUGGAGCGUUUCAAGCAAAAGAAAUGCAAAAUCAUCUUGAAGGUGCUUUGCUGCCGAAACGGCCCGUUGAGAUCUUGUUAGGCAAAAAGACCUUGGAAGUGCGACCGACUAUUGUGAACAAGGGUGAAAUCGUCAAACGGAUGCUAGUCACCAUGCCUGACGUGGAUUUUAUAAUUUGCGCGGGCGACGAUAAAACCGAUGAAGACAUGUUUCGCGUAUUGCGUAACUCCGAACUUGACGAAGAUGCUUACUUCUGUAUUACGAUUGGGUCGGCGAAUAAGAAAACGUUGGCGCAGUGGCACGUUACUUCACCGGAGGAGGUUACGCAGUUGAUUCAGAAAUUGAAUAUGGCUGAUGAGUUAAAGGCGUAG